UACAUCACUGAGCGCAGCCGCAGUUUGAACCACCGAGAGACAAAGCGGAAGUGGAGUUGAACUCGAAAUGGACGUGAAGCUGAUUUAACAUUAUUAUUAUUAUUAGCCAUAUCGGUGGUUUGUGUCUGGUUUUAACACCAUGAAGAUAAAUGAGAACACUUUACUGGAGGGACACAACGCCGUGUUGGUUCCUUACAAUGCAGAGCACGUGCCCAGGUAUCAUGAGUGGAUGAAGUCUCCUGACCUGCAGCAGCUGACUGCUUCAGAGCCACUGACCCUGGAACAGGAGUACGACAUGCAGAAGAGCUGGAGGGAAGAUGAUGACAAGUGCACGUUCAUCAUCUUGGACAAGCAGCGGUGGGCGGACACCAGUGUAGAAGAGGAGCAAUGUAUGGUGGGAGAUGUCAACAUCUUCCUGACUGACCCCACAGACCCAUCCCUGGCUGAGUUGGAGGUCAUGAUAGCAGAGCCCAGUCACAGAGGCAAGGGCAUCGGGAAAGAGGUGACACGCAUGAUGAUGAGCUACGGAGUCACCAAACUCGGGGUCAAAAAGUUUGAAGUGAAAAUUGGGCUGGACAACCAGGUCAGCGUCGCCAUGUUCAAGAAACUCCACUUCCAGGAGGUGUCUGUAUGUAAGGUGUUCAAAGAGGUGACCCUCGAGAUGAUGGUGGACGAGCCCGUGCGGGCGAGGCUGCUGGAUGACACCGCCGACAUGAAGGAGAGAGACUACAGACAGACCUGCAGCAACAGACAGGACCUGGUGUCACAGUGAAGGGCUGAGCUGCACUCGCACGUCCGAAAGACUUCCAGCAGAGAGAUCAUUCUGCACACAGCUGAGGGGAAGCUGAGCUGAAAUCUAGCGUGUGCUUUUAACUUUUUAGACAUUUACCCACAUCUGGAGAGGUGGGAAGUACAGUACAGGCCAAAAGUUUGGACACACCUUCUCAUUCAAUGUGUUUCUUUAUUUUCAUGACUAUUUACAUUGUAGAUUCUCACUGAAGGCAUCAAAACUAU